GAGGAGGGAGGGAAGAGCCAGCGACCCGCGGUAGGCGAGGGAAGAACGACCCCUGCAGUUGCAUUGCGGAAAAUCUCCUUUCCGUUGCUGGGAAUUAACGGGAGCCUGGGCUGUUUUUUUGGCAGGAGACCCGGGGUUUGGUAUUUCGUCCUCUCCUCUCCUCUGUAGCUGUAGGUGCAAAAAACCUGGCGCCCGAUGCCAUGUGCCCUAAUCUCUUUGUGAUCGUUUUGUAGCGAGCCGGAGCAAAGGGAACGCCGGGACGGCGCGGCUGGCCGGGGCGAUGCCUCAGUGAGGUGUGGAGAGUUUGGGGACAACUUGGCAUUCGGGUCCCCAAGAAUUGAGACUUUCCGGAGCGGGGAACUGCUGGUCCUUCGUCUUUUGUCUAUGUCUUGUUGGGAGACCUGGCGGAUAUUUCCUGCUCUCCUGAAGGAAGAAGCUGGUGCUGGCGGCUGCCUCCUUAGUCUUUGGCGGACGGCAAAGGAAGAAAAGGGAUCUGGCUUGAGCUGCACGGCGACCAGAGAGCUCGGACAUGUGUCAGCACAUCUGGGGAAUAGAGGCUGCGAGUCCGGAAGGAGAUUUUCUGGGACUGUUCGAACUGCAAUAUUGAUCUUUGCUGUGUUUUUUCACCGAGUGAUGCACUUGGCAUGAGAAUCGGAGGAUGGAAAUUGUUUGGGAGGUGCUUUUUCUUCUGCAAGCCAAUUUCAUUGUCUGCAUUUCAGCUCAGCAGAAUUCACCAAAAAUCCAUGAAGGCUGGUGGGCUUAUAAGGAGGUGGUCCAGGGAAGCUUUGUUCCAGUUCCUUCCUUUUGGGGUUUGGUGAAUUCAGCCUGGAACCUUUGCUCCGUUGGAAAACGGCAAUCGCCAGUCAAUAUAGAAACCAGCCAUAUGAUCUUUGACCCCUUCCUUACCCCACUUCGAAUAAACACGGGGGGUAGAAAGGUCAGUGGAACAAUGUAUAAUACAGGGAGGCAUGUUUCUUUACGACUGGAUAAAGAACAUUUGGUGAACAUCUCCGGAGGGCCCAUGACAUACAGUCACCGAUUGGAAGAAAUACGGUUACACUUUGGCAGUGAAGACAGCCAGGGAUCAGAACAUCUGUUGAACGGACAAGCUUUUUCUGGGGAGGUUCAACUAAUCCACUAUAACCAUGAGUUAUAUACCAAUGUCACAGAAGCUGCAAAAAGUCCCAAUGGCUUGGUGGUAGUUUCUAUAUUUAUGAAAGUAUCUGAAUCAUCAAAUCCAUUUCUAAAUCGUAUGCUUAACAGAGACACCAUAACAAGAAUAACGUAUAAAAAUGAUGCGUACUUACUGCAGGGACUUAAUAUUGAGGAACUUUAUCCUGAAACCUCUAGUUUCAUUACAUAUGAUGGGUCCAUGACAAUCCCACCCUGCUACGAAACAGCAAGUUGGAUACUAAUGAACAAACCUGUCUACAUAUCAAGAAUGCAGAUGCAUUCAUUACGGUUACUAAGCCAGAAUCAGCCUUCACAGAUUUUUCUGAGCAUGAGUGAUAACUUCAGACCAGUCCAGCCUCUCAACAAUCGAUGUAUCCGAACAAACAUCAACUUUAGUUUACAAGGGAAAGAUUGCCCAAACAAUAGAGCACAGAAACUACAGUAUAGAGUAAAUGAAUGGCUCCUGAAGUAAUUAAGACACAAACAGGAAGAAGUUUUCACCUCAAUGGAAUGCUACUACUGUGAAUUGACAUACUACAGAAUGCCCCAGCCCCAUUCAGUCCUCGGUCUUUGUACUUCAUAGUGGCUCAUGGAGCCACGCUCAAGAGAAAAGGAUGCCAAGUUGGAAAUUCAGCCCAAUGAAAUGUAUUCAUGUGAUCAGUCGUAAGAAAAAGAAAAA